AUGGCUGUCCUGUCCCUCCAUGUACUGCCCAAGAAGGUCAGCAAUGAAUCGCAAUGGGAGAAGUUCGUCGGCCGCACGAAGCCACUUCGAUUGCAGAGCCUGAAGAAUGAUCCCAAGUCAUUUAUCUCCAAGUACGAAUCAGAGGUGAAAGAACCCUUGAGCUUCUGGGUUGGAAGACUCAAGGACCCAAAAGCUUGGACUGUGGUCAUGGUCUCAAGUCCUGAGAAGAUAGGCGACGAUGUCGAUGCCUUACUUCGAGACGAUGUGGAGUGGGUGGCAUUCUGUGUCAUGGUCGAUCCGAGCGUUGGGGAUGAGGCUGACGGCGACAAGCCAGAGGGAAAGGCAUCAGCUGACUGGUUCAUGGCAGCAGUCUGGCUUAAGGAUGAGCUACGAGGGAAAGGGGCGGGCAAGCGACUCGUUCAGUGUGGCAUCGACACUGCCCGGAAAGCAGAUGCUGAGAGAGACUUCACCGGACGUGUCUGUGUGACGCACGUCGUCAAAGGGAAUGAAGGCGCCAUAGAGUUGUACAAGAAAGUGGGAUUCCAGUUGACCGACUCCGAGUCGUUCGUGGAAAAGGAUGGCGUGAAGCAUCACUCGUACGAACUCAAGAUGGCUUUGUAG